CACUGUGAUGAACAAAAGCAACUUCUUGCAAAAAGGGAUGAACAUUUCAGUGUGAAGAUCCCGCAGUGAGAACAGAGAAAUGGAGAUGGCAAAAUGUAGAAUAAUAAUGAGCUUGCUCCUCAUUGUUGGGAUCCUUUUUCAAGGCUGUGAUUCAGAUGUGAAAUGUAGGAAUGACAAUGGAAGAGCAGUGGACUGGUAUAUGUUAUACAAGUUGCCUGCUGGCUUGUCAUAUAUGUACAUGGACAAGAGCACCAGAGGAUGGGAACUCAGCAGAGAGAAAAUCAACAGUAGAUCUGGCACUCUGGCAAACACCCUGAAACCUCUUCUUGAUUUCUACGACAAUAAGAGUGUCAACUUUGGAUACAUGCUCUAUAAUGACCAACCUCCCAAUGGUAUGCCCUCUGCAUCGUAUGGUCACAGUAAAGGAGUCGUGAUGUUGGAUGAACAAACUGGAGUUUGGCUCUCACACAGUACACCAAAAUUUCCAACAUAUCGCAACAGAGACUUCUGGCCAACCAGUGGAAACCCAAAUGCUCAGACAUUUAUCUGUGUGACUUACCCCUAUAGUGAAUUCAAAAAAAUAGGAUUGCAUCUUAAGUAUAUCCACCCUUAUUCAUAUGACUCUGCCAUCCCGACAACCUUUCAUGAAGAGCUGCGAUGUGUUGCACAGCAAAAAUGCUACCCAAAGCUGAAACCAUGGUCUUUUGUGAGAAAGCUGACUUCAGUGAAAGGAAGUCAUUUCUUCAGCUUUGCAAAAUACACACGUUUUGGGGAUGAUCUCUACUCUGGCCUUAUUGUGAAGUAUUUGAAGCGGAAUCUGUAUGUUAAGAGCUGGGGAAGGAUGCGACACCGUCUGCCUUCUAACUGCAGCACCAGUAUCCCUCAUCAUGUGUACAAUGUGAAGACAAUAAAUCUGAAUGGAAAGUUCUUCAGGGAUACUGUAGAUCACUCAAAGUGGUGUGUGACACCUGGUGGUGUUUGGACCUGCAUAGCUGAUACGAACAGGGAAGUGAGUCAGAUGAGAAGAGGUGGAGGUGCAAUAUGCAUCAAUGAUGGUAAAGUUCAGAAGGCUUUCUCUGCAUUGAUCUCACGCUAUGAACAUUGUAAACCUGCAUCUCCACCUUAAUGCAAGGUGCUCAACAAUGUUCUUUCAAAAGCACACAAAAAGAAAGCCACAUUACUAGACCGCAAACAACCCCAGCGGCUUUGAAAAGAGCUUGCAAAUGACCUAACAGUGCAAGUGCAAAUAAUCUCAACAAAAAUUGCAUUGCAUCAGCAUUUGCCCCUUAUGGCUGACUUUGUGCUGCACAGACAGGACCCUAGGUCCAGAUUGUUAAAGCUGCUGCCUGCUUCAUAGCUUGCUGUUUUAUUUUCAUAGCCUGCAUCAUGUUUUGGUGAUCGCUUAACCUUCCCUUUGUAUUUCAAUAUACUGUAAAAUUAUUGUUGUUGAAAAGUGCAUGACGUGUUCAAUGUUUAUAAUUAGAAAUUAACAGAAAUGAGAGAUAGCUUUGAAUUUUGUCCUGUUUUUUUCCCCCAUUAAAGAUGAAUGAAU